AUGAGCGAACGAGUCCCACUACCCAGCGAGGAGAUCCACACACCAAAUCCGCACCCAGCAAGAGGAAUCUACGGCUUCGUCCUCUACAUCGUUGGCUGGCUCGGGCUUGUCAGCUACCUGGUGUGGGCCAUCGUACCGACGCCUAUUCUGGAAAGCUUUGGUAUCACCUACGUUCCCGCAAAAGCCUGGGCGAUUGCCGUACCACUGUUCGUGUUCCUAUUGACGAUCAUCUACCCGUUCACGCUUCUCGCGUUCAACAUCGUUCGCUUCCGAGGGAUUUUUGAAGACGUUGGGUAUAUCGAGAAGGACUUUGGCGAUCACACCCUACCCAUCGACCCUAUUGAAAAGAAGAUAAAC